AUGAUGUCCAGGACCCUGAGGCUGGUCCUGCUGGCUUUGGCCUGCACUGUGGACCUGAGCCAGGCCAGUGGCUUUACAGAAAAUGGCCUCUCCCUGCUGAGCUACCAGCUGUGCAGCUACCCGGUGACCCGAAGUGUCCAGAAGCUGCAGGCGGUGCGGACCUCUCACACAGCCUACGUGUACUGUGGAGGAUGGAUCCCCUGGAAAAAGUGCCCCAAGACUGUGUACCGGACCCAGUACCUGGAGAUGGAUGUCCCUGAGUCCAGGAAUGUGACUGACUGCUGUGCGGGCUUUGAGCAGCUUGGCCUCUACUGUGUUCUGUCCCUGAACAGGUCCUUGGAGUUUGCGUCGAGACCCGGGGUCUGCCCGACAGCUGAAGCAGAGCCGCUUAGCCCUUCAUGCAGCUUGGACACAGACUGCUCUGGACUUCAGAAGUGCUGUUCCUGGCCAGGGGGCCGCCACUGUGUGUCCCCCAUACCCACAGGUGCAGAGAGGAACAUGAUGAGCUGGUACAACGUGACUGUGCUGGUGAAGAUGGGCUUUGAGGACCUGCGGAGAGAGGACCCUGGGCUCCGAAACCACACGCGCCUGCUCUACUCUUUGGUCACCAGUGCCUUGCAGCCUCUGAACCCAGCUGUACACUACCUGACCUCAACUGGUGGCAGGGACACAUUCACCACCGUGUCAUGGCUACUGCUGGGCUUUCCACGGCUGGUGACUGUAGCCAACGUCUCCGUCAUGUUGGAUGACAUGGUGAAUCGGGUCUAUGAGGUGGUCAGCAUCCAGGUGCAAGAUGUGAACGAGUGUCUUCACAGUGAGCUGCUAGCCUGCUCCGUAGGAGAGCAGUGCCGGAACCUGGAGGGCUCCUACCAAUGUGUGUCUUCCCAGCGGCUGAACCACACAGAUGAAGAUUGCCCUCCAAUCCGAGACUUCGUGGCAUUUAAUGUCACCAGCAGCAGUUUCCACGUGUCCUGGAGUUUGAAUUCUACUCAGAACCACACUUUCCACGUUCAAGUGUACAAAGACAAAGAGAUACUCAGAAGUGCUUCGACAAGGGGCCGCACUGAGGCUGUGUCUGACUUGGAGGCUGGAGUACUUUACAGAGUGAGGACUAGCUACCUGGGGUGCCAGGCCAAUGUCUCUGCCACACUGCUUGUCAAGACAGAUGCCCGGGUUUUCCAAGUCACGAUAAGGAUCAUGGACCGUAACCUGACAGAGCAGAUGCUUGACUGCAGCAGCGGGGAAUUCUGGAACUUUUCUCGACAGCUGUUUCAUGAGGUGGAAAACUCCUUUCCCCAAGCCAUCUCUGACCUGUACAGACAAGGGAGGCUGAGGAUGCAGAUCGUGUCUCUGCAGGCAGGGAGUCUGGUGGUGACGCUUAGACUCACCCUGCAAGAUCCUGACCCUUCCGUGGAUCUCCACACACUGAACCCCAUGCUGCAGCUCCUGUCUGGGAGCACCGUGUUCCAAGUUGACCAGCAGAGGACGUUCGUGAAAGACUGGGAUGAGUGUGCACACAGCUCAGAGCAUGACUGCCACCCGAGCGCACUCUGCAUCAACCUGGAGGGCUCCUACACGUGCCAGUGCCUCACAGCCAGGGAUGCUAGCCCCUCCAGGGCUGGCAGGGUCUGUGAGGGUGACACGGUGACCCCCACAGGAGGUGGACUGUCAGUAACAAAGAAGGUCACAGCCCCCGCUGUCAGUAUAGGAAUGACAACCUCUGGCCCAGAGACCCUCACCGAGUCACCAAGCUCCAAGCACCCAAGGAGCACCCCAGCAAGAAGUCAAGCCCAGACCCCAGGGCCCCCAUCAGUGAGAGACGGGGGUAGCACAGGCAGGGAAGGUAGGAAUAGCACAGGACAAGGGCCGACCUAUGGAUCCCAUCAGGGGACCACAGAUGCCCCACUGCACACGACUAGAGAGUCACAGGAAUUCAUCACCAAAGAGCCACCCUUCCUGACUGCUAGAACCACGGGCUAUGUUGUGUGGCACCCCAGCCCCGCUUGGGAGACACCUCUGAACUCCACAAGACUACAGAAUGAAGACCCUCGAUCUUCCCCCUUCCCAGGCCCGCCAUCGGCCCCGGCCGCUGUGACUUCAGAGUCCCCUGCCUGUGUGGUCCAGAAACUUGCUGGUAAAGUCUGGAUCACAAGCAUGCAGUAUUCGGAAUCCUUCCGCAAUACCAGCAGCAGGGAGCACCAAGAGUUCGCAGAGCUGUUCUUCAGAACGGUGCGGGACUCUCUGCCACCCACGCUGCGUCAGCACAUGGAUGCAGGCAGGAUCCGUGUGGACAUCACAGACAUCACAAACGGCAGCGUCGCGGUGGAGUUUAAUUUGCUAAUGACAGCAGACCUUGAUGUCAUGGAGGUGUCUGCUGGCUUCCUCGAUGCCUUACAGAACACAUCUAUGCUGGAGGUGGUCAGAGGCAAAACCUUUAUACAAGAUUACAACGAGUGUGACAUGAGAGAGGAUGACUGUGCCCCUGGGAUGUGCAGGAACACCUUCGGGUCUUUUAUAUGUAGCUGUGAUGGGGGAGGACCUGACUCACAGGUGGAAUAUUCUGGAAGGUCCUGUGAUGGUGACCCUUCUGGCAACACAGCCCAGACCCCAGGCUCAGAGUGGUCCCCUACCCCAGCAGGAACUAGGGGUAUCCCUGUGCCAGAUGCCAGCUCCACACUCCAGGACCUGUCCCUGCGGCUGAACCUGACGGACGCCGUUAGUGUGUCCUGUGAGAUCGAGAUGGUGGUCAUCACCGUCCAGAAGUGCUUUCUGCAGCAGGAGGCCAUACCCGAGGCCUCUCUGUACCUGGGAGAGCCAUCCUGCAACGUGAGCAGAAGCAACAGCACACAUGUGUUUCUGGUGGCUGGCUGGGGCGAGUGUAGGACCCUCAUAGAGAGUAACAUGACCACCACAGUGGUGAAGACCACGCUGAGGAACGACCUGUCCCCAGAGGGCGUCAUCCACCACCUGCAGAUCCUGAGUCCCAUCCACUGCGCCUUCCAGAAUGACCUUCUGACUUCCUCGGGCUACACCCCACAGUGGGGGGUCUACACCGUCAUUGAAGACGUCCACGGUACUGGAAAUUUUGUCACGGAAAUGCAGUUGUUCAUUGGCGAUUCUCCCAUACCUCAGAACUAUAGUGUGUCCGCCAGCGAUGAGAUCAAGAUUGAGGUGGGACUUCACAGGCAGAAGAGCAGUCUGAAGGUCGUGCUGACUGAGUGCUGGGCCACCCCCUCCAGCAAUGCCAAGGACCCCAUCACCUUUGGCUUCAUCAACAACAGCUGCCCUAUUCCCAACACCUACACCAGCGUAAUCCAGAAUGGUAACUCCAGCAAGGCCCAGUUCAAGCUGAGAAUCUUCUCCUUCAUCAACAACUCCAUCGUCUACCUGCACUGCAAGCUGAGAGUGUGCAUGGAGAGCCCCAGGAACUCGUGCAGGGUAAGCUGCAACGACUUCCGGUUGCUGAGAAGCAGUGAAGCCUUACACCAGAUGACCUGGGGGCCCCUCCAUCGGACUGAAGGUGCACAGGCAUGUACAAAGCCAGUCCUGGGGACGGGUUACAUCAUUCUCCUUGCAGCAGCUGCACUUCUGGUGGUAGCAGGGGCCACAACCCUUCUGAUCUUGCGUUACCAGAGAGUAAGGCAGAAAUACAAUCUUCGGAUCCAGACCGACGACUUCAGCUACCAGGUGUUCUCUCACUAGAAGACCCAACUGACCAGGAGAUGGAACACCCUGUAAAUAAGGUCCAGUGGCUGAUUCAUCGAACGCUGACGGGAGUCCAGCCCUGGACAGUGCUGUGCCAGCACUUGGGGAUGAGACAGCAAACCUCUGCCCGCCCCCAAGAGCCUGAAGACGCAGAGUACCACCCACCAGGCUGGUGAUGGGCCUGCUGAAGCUGUGGGCGGAUCCCUGGAGUGGUCUUCAUCCUCAAACCCAGCGCAAACACGGCCCCACUUACCACAGCCUUCCAAGCUUUGACAUCCAAGCUGCUCCCGUGACCCCUGUUCUCUUGACAAUGACAUCCUUACAGACAUUUCCCGUGAUGCUCGUUCACAAAUGGAUCCAUCCGAUAAACUCUCCAAGGGUGGUUUUCCAUACACAAACACACUUACUCAGCUCUCCCUAUCAGCAUGCGACUCACACCUGUGUGGCAGUGACUCAAGACGACCUAGGUGAAACUGGGACGAUUUCUAACACAUUGCGGUCAUAUGAUGUGUAUGUAACACUUCUUGCAUGUUUCCCAGCACAUCCAUGGACAUUUUUCAUGUAAUUCCAUGAAGAGGAAGGUGUGAUUCCCACCCCCCACUCCAUCACAAGGAAUCAGGGGAGAGGUGGGGGAGGUGCGUACCACACUAACUCUACUUUGUUGAUCUGAAAGACCCGUUGGUUACAUAGUUAUCAUCAGAGGCAAUAGUGUUCUCCCUAGUGAAUAUAAAAGCAAAACAGGGUUAUAGCAUUUAAUUAAUAUGCUUACUUAUGUUGAAUGUGACUCUCACACAGAUCAUCUGAGGGAAAUGAGUCUUUCACUUUCUUGCAUAUUCGUGAGGGUAAGAAUGACAACUGGGAGUCUGUGUGACAAGCCACCUUUGAGCAAUAAAUUUUUUC